CGCUGGUGCCUGUCAUCUGGAUGGGAAAGUGUGUCAAGAGAGCAGACGCGAGUGGAUUCUUAGCACCUGUAUUAGCAGGGCUGACUGCGUCCGUCCUACGAAGCCGCCGUAGUUUAUCUACGUAAAGAUGUUCGAGCCUCGGGCAACGUGCGAGUGCUCGGAGGCGCAAAUGGAGCUGAUACAGGCGCUGGAGCGGCGGGACCUGUCCGCUUUCCGCGAACUACUGGCGCGGCCCGACGUCGACCCCGACCACUGGUACGGCCGGCCCUACAAGGGCACCUGCCUCAUGAUCGCCUGCUCCGAGCCGGGCGCGGAGCCCUUCGUCGUCGAGCUCAUCAAGGCUGGCGCCAGCCGCCACUGCUACCCCCGCCACAGCACCGCGUCGGCGCCGCGGCCGUCAACCUUGUCCCUGCAUUCGCAUAAUGGAAACUACAGCCAUACAGAGAGAGGUUUUGUCUCUCCUGACAGCCCACACAGAGCAUUUCCAUAUGACACGGAACACGUAUUUCACCAAAGACUACGUAACCUUUCAUCAGAGAUUGACAAUGUAAGAUAUCAAAAUGAGAAAAUUCUUCAGGAGCAAGAAAAUCUGGGAAGCAGGCAAAACUUAUUGAGAGAGAGUGUGGAAAAAGCUAUCACCAACACAAAAGAAGAACUUCAAAAAAAUGAAACUCAUUUUGAUGUGUUUCAACAGAAACUAAAUGAAUUUGCAGAUCUUUUGAGUAAACUUGAAGAGACUGAGCACCAAAAUAACAUGUUGCUAAAUCAAAUACUUGAAACUCUAAAGAAGAACAUACCUGAAUGAUGUCAUCAAAGAUUCUCCAUAAGCAUGUACAAAAUUUAAAUAUAUAUUCAGUUCAACUGGAAAUGUAAUAUCAAAAGCUUUCAGCAGCAGGAUAAGGAUUACACAGCAGCAACAGAUUGUACUCCAGUGAGGAUUGCUUUGAACCACUUAGAGCAAAGCUUUUCUCACAAAUGAAUUUGGAGUAACCUGGUAACUUUCUUUCAAUAUGAGUGAGAUUUAGAGAACAAGUGUCAAAUAUGCAGCACCAAAAUGAUAUCUUAUAUUGACCAACAUGAGAAUAUGUGCAAAACAAUGCCUAGGUUUACAAGUGUACUUACCUGCCAUCUUAAUAAGUGAACAUCUGAAUUCAGUUACAUGUAGAAAGCAAAUGUAACAUACAACAAAAUGUUUUAUAACUCUUCAGAAUAUUUUCAGAAAAGAAUCCACACGUUCAGCACAGCAACUAGUCACAAAAAUUUGCAAGUUGCAUAACAGCAAAAUUUCUGCCUAAAAUAUUUUUUCCCUAAUUUUGUUCCAUAAACUUGUGAGUAAGCAUAUUCAAACCUAUCACAAUGCUUAUUUUGGCCACAUUAUUUAUACAUUACAACAACAGAAAAUGAUGGAAUAUCUCUCGUUCAUUGAAUCCUUUAAAUUAGCCACCAUCUCAAUGCAAAACAUGCACAUACAGACAAACAAACUGUAUACAAUGAAAUUUACUGACAUAUUAAAAUUGCCCAUUAGGCCAGAACCUGAACCUAGAACUUUAAUGGACAAUUUCUUACUAAAAGAGUCAUUCAUACAUAUCUCAGAGCUUCAAUUUGCCACUGCCUCUCUUCAGCAAAUUAUGUAGGGGAGCUUUUGGUGAGUAUUAAUGAAGGACAGAGGUACUGGCAAACUGAGACUGAGAAAUGUAUGAAGAGGUGCACUUUGAUUACACAUUCAUUAUGUAAGGCAUUAUUUUGGGUUUGAGUCCCAGUUGAGAACACAGUUUUCAGUCAGUGAGAUUCAUGAACACGUACACUGAACUUCAUAGUAACUGAUUCAUUAUGGGUGAACACAAUAUGUACUGCACACAAUUAGUAAAUCAAAUCUGUAUCACUAUUUCAUAGACCUGUUUGUUUUUUAGCAAACGUGGUCCUGAAGAUAUUACAAAAAUUUAAUAUGUAAUAAUAUGGCCUCUUUAUGUGAGGUGAUUAUAUCACUGAAUUGACUAUGUUAAAAGUGAUGCUGGGCCAUGUUAUCAAAGAAACUAAAAUGAUUUCAUUUUGUUAAGGACGCAAACUAAGACAUGCUUCAAUGUGUCUACACCAAAAAUAGAU